GAUCUGGGUUAAGGGCAAGGAGAUGAAGCAGAAAGGACACGAAACAAUUCCGAGGCGGACAGUUCAGGAAGCAUGUGGCUAGGAUUCAGGGGACGGAGUUGUUAGAUUUGUUAGAUCGCUCCCGGCCCCGGCACUUGGUGAACUUAUUGAAAGGAGCAGAACAGACAUCCGCAGACUUCCUGUUUGGUAUCUUGUUUUGUUUUGUUUCACUCCUCCCCCAAAAGAAAGUGGGGGACUUCUCUUUGGGGUCCCCCUCCCCCCCUUUUUUUUAGCCACUUGCAAGGGCCUCCCCCUUGUAAAGCCGUGGCUCUGCAAAAGGUCUAGGGUGCUAAGGAGACCUCCUCCAUCCGAGGGCUAUGGAACGGAUAGAGGUGAUCAACAUCCAGCGCCUUCUGGAGGCAGCUGAAUAUCUGGAGCGCAGAGAGAGAGAAUGUGAACAUGGUUAUGCUUCGACCUUCCCUUCCAUGCCGAGCCUUGGACUGCAGGACCCAAAGCCACCACAGAGGCUGAGCCGGGCAAGGAAGCAUAGCAGUGGAGGUAGCAGUACAGGCACUGCUAACAGGUCUACGCACAAUGAGCUAGAGAAGAACCGACGAGCUCACCUUCGCCUGUGUCUAGAACGUUUAAAAGUUCUGAUACCACUAGGACCUGACUGCACCAGACACACAACCCUUGGGCUGCUCAACAAAGCCAAAGCACAUAUCAAGAAACUUGAAGAGGCUGACAGGAGAAGCCAGCAUCAGCUUGAAAACUUGGAAAGAGAGCAGAGGUUCUUAAAGCGAAGACUGGAGCAGCUGCAGGGCUCUCAGGAGAUAGAACGAAUACGAAUGGACAGCACUGGAUCUACCAUUUCCUCAGAUCGCUCUGAUUCAGAGCGGGAAGAAAUUGAGGUGGAUGUGGAAAGCACAGAGUUCUCCCAUGGAGACGUGGAUGAUAUCAGCACAACCAGUACGAGUGACAUUGAUGACCACAGCAGUUUGCAGAGUGUUGGGAGUGAUGAAGGUUACUCCAGCGCUAGUGUCAAGCUCUCCUUCACUUCCUAAAGCAUGGUGCUAGGGCAGAGCAGAUGAAUUCUUUGGGGCAAUUGAAGUUCUUGCAGCAGGGCUUAGAUACAGUGUUUUUCCUUCUCCAAAUCACACAUCAACAGCUAAGCUUGAAAAGAUGCAACUCUAAAACAGCUCCAUGGGCCAACAGGAGGGUGGGAAUCCAACAGGGGAAUGAACCACUCUCCAAACUGUCAUAGCCCCAGAUCCUAACUUAGCGCUGAAUCCAUAGCUAUUUUGAACUGAGAAAGCACUCCAGUAAUCUUCAGUUGGACUGAGUUGGCUUCAGCUGGACUGCCCAUGUAUAGUGGAAGGUUUUGCUCAGAGAUUAUUUAAUUGGAAAGAGGGUCUUGGUGAUUCAGGCUCUUUCAUAAGUUGUCACUUCUCCUGAAAAGUGACCCAUUUUUUUACCCCUUCUCCAUAUCCAGACUUAACAAACCCUUUGUGGUGCUAAUAGAACAAGUCUGUCCAAUAUACAUGGUAAUAAUUUAGCAUACAUGGGAGAUACCUAUGUAUGUGUCCCAAGCUUAUGGGACAAAGUAGCUAAGGUGAGUUUAUUGGAUCAGCCUCUUCCGAUGAGUUUGCACAAUAUUCUGAACGACAAAGCUUCUUUUUCAGGCUUCUGAAAAAUUCCAGCACUCAGCUCAAAGCAGACUUUUUUUUCUCUUAAAUUGAACAAGAGAACUAUGAAGUUGGACAGUUUGUGUACUCUCACCAGCAGAAGCUAGUUCAAUCACUGCUUUCUACCCAACUGGGUUUCUCUAGCCAGCUUUGAUCAUUGUUACCUAACAAUAAUAACAGUAAUAGUGAGAAGCUCUGCUCAUGCCCUGUGAAAGAGAGGUGCUGGAAAUCUGGAAGCAGUUCCCAUUCAGUUCAACUUUCCACUGGACAUUGUUUUGAGGCAAGAGCUCGUGCCACAGGGUUUAGCACUAGGGGAUCAAGCUGUAAUUUACCAGCACAAAGUGCAACUGCUCUCUGGAUUCAGUGGCUGCAGAAGUAACUCCUGACCUAGAGUAUGAUCCUCGCAACACAGAGAGUGAAAGGCAGAGAGAUGAGCCUGUACAAGGAAUGACAUUCAGGAAAGGCACAGCCUCUGUUCUGAGCCACAAUGACCUUUUUUUUUUCUUUUGCAGAUUAUUUUGAUAAAUGUUUGUAAAAGUGUUCAGGUGACAGAACCUACAUGCAACAAUGUCUUUUUAGAAAUCAUAGGCAUGAUUCUGCAAAUGUCUUUUAUAAUUGACACCAAUUGAAAGGGACCUGUUUUUCCUGCUGCCAGGCACAAAAGGAACAGGAACUCUCCUCGGGUUUUAUGGCUCUUCCUUUGGUUUCCUUUUUGGAGUACCUUUGCAAACUUUGCCACCUGGAUCCUUAUCCAUAGUUAACAUAGCACGUCUCUCGUUGGCAACAGACUGCCAGAGUGGUUUUCCAGGGAAAGCCUACAGUUCGCACCUGUGCAGAAACUGUUGCUAUUAACAAAAAUAAUAUUGUAUCCAAUGUUUUAUCAUUUUUCCUUUGAGAUGAGCUUUCUAACCUGCACUUUGAGGUCUUCUUUGCUUUCUUUUAAGCUUUUUAUCCACAAGGAUUCGUAUUGUUCCUUUAUCAAGUUUUAAACUUUGCUCCUUUUUUAAAAAAAGAGACCUCAUUUAUGACACUUGUUUGUUCACCUUUUAAGUAAUUUGCCUACCCUUCAUUACUAAAGAAAAAUAAGAAAAAAAAUGCUUUAUAAAACUCAUAACUUAUUGCUGAUUAUAAUUAAUGGGUUAUUAAUUUCAAUCCUGUAGAUUUAAUGUUAUUAUUUUAGAUAGGACUGGGCAACAGUAAAAAGACAAAAAAUUAAAAAAACACACAAGGUAACCUCAUUUAGCAGUGCAGUGGAAUUGUGUUUAAAUGUUAGCAAUGGUUCUGCUUAAUAGUAGCACUUUAACACCAUUAAACAUUUCUGUAUCUGAAAUGCACUGUGUUCUGCCAUCUUGGUCACUCAUGAGACUUUAGACUGCCCAUGUUCGUUGUGCCUGGAAGUUUUUUUUAUAUAUAUAAACCUGUUGGCCAUGUGAUUAGAUGACCCCAAAUGACUUAUGUAGAUUUUGUCUUAAUACAGAUAUGCUGUGUGUGUGUAUUUAAACCCAUGUUAUUCAUUCACUCCAGAGCUAUUGUGUCAUAUAAUAUGCAAGACACAAAUUUUAGAACCUGUGUCAUGAAAUAGAAACAUAAUGCCACAGGGUUAUAGUGUGUUUAUAGCAGGGGGUUUAAUUUUUUUACCUGUUUAUUAAAGUGUGGAUCCAGUUGUUUAUCCUUA